AUGUAUACCUACGGAGUAGAAGGAGAUGACACCUAUUUACCACAACCUCAGUACCCAUCCCCAUAUGAAAAUCAGUAUGGACAAGAUGAUGAGUCGCCAAGCCCCCGAGGGGAAAACCACACCCCCUUUGUAGGUUAUUUCAGUUCCCAUUUGUUGAGGACCGGGUUCUUCCUUCAAUGCGUCUCCUUAAUGCUUAUGUUCAUAUUUUAUUGGGCCUUUGGUGGUACAGGAAUUUUUGUGUUUGAUUUAUAUGCUGGUCCAGAGUGCGUAAAAGUGUCAAGUGCAUUUCAUUUAACCAUUUCGAUAUUGAUGGCCAUAUAUUUAUUGGGAACCUUGUACAUAGCCAUGUUUCAAGUGUUCGUAGCGGAUAACAGCAAGUGGUGCAGAGGAUUCCGAGCGGGUUCUAAGUUAUUAUCCGCAGCUGUGACAUUAGAUCUUUUAUCCUCCAUUUUGAGAUUAGUUCAGUACUUGUAUGCAUACUUUUACAUGAGCAUGAGAUGGUGGGCAAGAUACCAACAGACCAAGUCAGACUGGACACUCUUACACUUUGGUAGCAUUGUGCACAGUUUCGCUUUGUUCAUAUAUGGCGCUGCAUUUUUUUACAUGGAAGCUUACCACGAUGAGGGCACCUACGAGGAACUCGCUUGGUCCAACUUGACUCUGUUCAAGUUGGCAGGUUUGGCCGAACUACUGAUGGUGUUUUCCGGAUUUGGAGCUUUCUUCUCCAUACUGCUCCUCGGUGCUAUAAUGUGCGCAACUGUCUGGGCCUUUUCCUUUGAGCCACUGCUAGAAAAAUGGUCCCCAGAAUUACACAGCAGAGACAUAAACGCAGACGUUUUGCCCGAGAUAAAACACGAGAACGAACAGGGGGGAUAUAACGAAGAAAAUGUUUAUGAGCCAUACAAUGUAAACCCAGAAAAUAUGGAAUAUGGACAGGAGAUGGUUCCACAGAACAUGAGCGAGAAAUACGUAAAUGGAAACUCCUAUGACCCAAACAUAUACGCCCAGAAUAACGGUAUGCCAACGACCUAUGAUUACUCGCAAAUUGAAGGUCAAGUGAAGCAGAACGCCGAAAUGGGAGUCUCAGAGAAUUACACGAAAAAUGGUCAAUUUUGA